ACCACCUACGAGAUUGGAAGUCUUCUAUUCUAUUUUGAGCUGCCUAAGCCCACCAACGGAUAAAUUUAAACUUUGGCUCACGAACUGAAUUUAAAUCGGCCAUCGAUAAACAUAAAAUAGUUUCAUUUUCUUUUAGUUGUUUGCUUUCGUGACACCUAUUCUCAGAGAAUAAAGCAGGUUACAAGAUGGCACCGACAAGUCCAGAGAAGCGCUUUUCUGGUAUGGUGGUCUACUUCGUCGAGACAGGAAUGCAGCCUCGCAGAAUGCAGAUUUGGAAGCAAAAGUUGCAACAAUUGGGUGCUGAAAUUGAAGAUCGUAUUUCCAGGAAAGUAACACAUAUAUUUGCUGCAAAUUCAAAGGCUCUAGCAGGAAAAAUUGGUCCUGAACGACUCAAAAAAUUAAAACGGGAUGUCUUAUCUUACCAAUGGCUAGAGGACUGCUUGAAAGAAGGAUCAAAGCUAUCUGUUGAGAACUAUCGUCUUCAAAUAUCAUUUGAAGAUGCACCAAGAUCUGAAUCUGUGACAAAUUCAUCAGAACCAAAUGAUGCAAACCUGGUGCAUGACCAUUGUUCAGGAAGAACCAAGAGGACAAAGAAUUUUAGUAAUCAUUCUGAUGUGGUGUCCUCUGAAAAUCAGAAUGAAGGGCAGAGUAUUGCACUGAUUGGCAAAAAUGCUAUGAAGAGAGGAAACACAUCUGCCAAUGAUCUUAUUGCACAAGAGUAUACAAACACUGAAAGUGGUGAUCACAAAGAGCAGUUGAAUGAUGGAACUGAUCUACAUAGUGAUAAAUCAAUAUCUAAGACAUUGGUUUCUGGUACUAAUAAUUCUACAGAUACGUUGGAUGAGUUAUCAAUGCUGUACAAUCCACCUAACUUAAACAGAAAUAUUACAGAACCAUUUGAAAAUCUUCGCAGCAUUUACAAAGCACUGGGUGAUGAUAGGAGGUCUUUCAGCUACAAUAAAGCUAUCUCCGUUUUGGAGAAGAUUCCUUUUAAAAUUGUUAAUGUUGAUCAAGUUAAGGGUUUGCCUGCAAUCGGCAAAUCUCUGCAGGAGCAUAUUCAAGAGAUUAUUCAGACUGGACGACUGUCAAAGUUAGAUCAUUUUGAGAAUGAUGAAAAGAUACGAACUAUCAGCCUUUUUGGGGAAGUGUGGGGCAUUGGUCCUACUACUGCUUCAAAGUUGUAUGAGAGGGGGCAUCGAACCCUAGAAGAUCUAAAGAAGGAUGAUUCCCUAACAACAACACAAAAGAUAGGACUGAAAUUUUUUGAUGACAUCAAUAAGAAAAUUCCGCGACAUGAGGUGGAAGAUAUGGAAGCACUGUUGCAGAAAGCUGCUGAAUGUAUUCUUCCUGGAGUUCUAGUUGUAUGUGGAGGUUCAUAUCGACGUGGCAAAGCAUUUUGUUCAGACAUGGAUAUUGUUAUUACACAUCCUGAUGGUACAAGUCAUAAAGGUUUCCUGCAAAAAUUUGUGAAAUAUUUGAAAGGAAUUAAUUUUCUAAAAGAGGAUUUAAUGUUCAGCAUUCAUAGCAUUGAGGGAACUGAUUCUGGAGUAGAUACAUAUUUUGGGCUUUGCACAUAUCCAGGUCGAGAGCAGCGCCACCGCAUUGAUUUGAAGGUAUACCCAUCAGAAAUAUUCUCCUUUGGACUUAUUGCAUGGACAGGUAAUGAUGUUCUCAAUAGAAGGUUGAGACUCCUGGCAGAUAAAAAAGGCUACAAACUUGAUGAUACUGGCCUUUACCCAGUCACACAAUCUGCGGGGAAAAAGGUUGCAAAGGCAAGUUCAAGUGUCCGAUGCGAAACAGAAAGAGAGGUUUUUGAUUAUCUUGGAUUUCCCUGGCUUGAACCCAAUGAACGGAAUCUUUGAUGAGGGAAAGUCAAUUGUAAUGAAUAUAAUUUCAUCGUACAUGUACGUGCUUGUAUUAUGCGUAGAGGGCAAAAUGUCCAAAGGAUGUUGAUCACUUUAAAUAAAUGUGUGAUAAUUUGGAUGCUUACAAUUAACUUCAUAAGUUUUUUGAUGUAAAAUUUGUGCAUAUUGUACAAAAUCACAAAGAUCCCAACCAUGAAAAAUUGUAUGAUUCUCGGAGAUGUAUAAUAUGUAUAUGACAGUUCGGCUUGUAA